AUGGCUGAUUUGCAGCGGGUUGUUUCUGCGGCAAUGCGCGAGGAGAGGGCCGGGCAGGCGGGACAGAACAGCUCGCAACGGGGUGCGCCGGCGCUUGCGGCUCCUCUUCCUGCUGCCCCUCCUGCAGCUGCGCCAUCGGCGGCUGCUCCUCCUCAUCUGGCUCCUCGUCCCCCGACUCCACCUGUUGCUGGAGCUGUUCAGCCGUUCCAGAGGUUGGCGGGUCCCGUUCCUGUGGCCGAGAUGUAUGGUCACGCGGGUCUCUCCCGUGGGAACUCACUGGAUGACGGUUCCCGGGACGAAUGUCUUGACGCCGCGGAUUGGCUCGCGGAGCUCCUGGCGCCCGUGUUUACUGCGCCCGCGAGGGGAGGAGUUGCCGGUGUUGGGCAGCUGGGGACGGCUGUACGAGGCUUGAGGCGCUUUUCGCGCGCUGGGACUGCAGCCGAUGUGAUCGGCGCAAGCACGGCGGUGGUGCGGGAGCUGCAUCGCUUGCUGACGGGGCUGCUCGCGGUUCUUGACGCGGACCAGUUGUAG